UAAACGCCCAUCCCGUUAUCCAAGUUGAUCCCGCCAGCCUCCCCCGAAGCCAUCAAACUCGUGACGCUGCUCUGCUCCUUCUGCCUUGCCCUCACUUCCCCCCCCAAACCCCCCCCUUGUUCCCCCCCGCCAGUCAUCCCACUGUCGAAGCUCAUCCCAUCAGCCUCGCCUGAGGCUAUCUACACGCCCAUCCCACUGUCGAAGCUCAUCCCAUCAGCCUCCCCCGAAGCCAUCGACCUCAUGACGCUGCUGUGCUCCUGGGACCCUGCCAGGAGGCCCACGGCCGCGCAGUCGCUGCAACACCCCUUCUUUCUGUGGCAUUCAGGUCCCGCCUGUCAUGCCGUCGCCCAAGCCUGCUGCCACCAAUUCCAGCCGCACGCACCCCGUCACAUCCCCGCACCUGCCCUCCCUGCCGCAAGGCGCCAGCAAGCCCUACAGCCACCUGGACGAGCAUCUAGACGAGUGGGAAGGGGCGCCGGGGCAGUCGGGGGGAAGUGGAAUAGGAGGGGAGGGGGAGGGGGAGGGGGGUACCUGCAACAGCCGCAGAAGCAGCCGCUGCAGCCGCACCUGCCACAGCAGCAGCAGCAGCAGGGGGGGUAUCAGGGCCAGGAUGGCUCUGGAGCAAGAGCAGCGGCUACGAUGCUGGCGCAGAAGCAGCAGCUGCUGCAGCAGCAGCAGUUGCAGUUGCAGCAACAGCAGCUGCAGCAGCAGCAGUUGCAGCAACAACAGCAGUUGCAGCAGCAGCAGCAGCUGCAGAGUCAGCUGUCAGGAGUUGGGCUGGAGCAGCAGGGAGCAAGGAGAAACUCGGGCCAGUAUGCGCAGCCGCAGCAGCAGAUGGCUCAGCAGCCCAUGGGGAAGCAGUUAGGAGGGGUGGUGGGAGGGCGGUCACAGGGGCAGUACGCGCAGCAGCAGCUGCAGCAGCAGCUUCAGCAGCAGUAUCAGCAGCCGCACCCGCUUGAUACAGAGCCGUCAGGGGUGGGUCUAGAGGCCCUAACACCAAGAACACGAACCCAGGUGCAGCAACAGCAGAUGCACCAGCAGCAGCAGCAGCAGCAGCAGCAGCAGCCGUACUCGCAAAUGCAGAAGAAACCACUGACUCUGCAGACUCAGCUCUCUGGAGUCAACCCUGCAGCACUGGAGACCCUAACCCCCCGCUCCCGUGCCCAGUACUACCAGCAGCAGCCGUUGCAGCCGCAGCUGUCAGGUGUAGGUCUCGACCCGCCAACCCCGCGCUCCCGGCAGCAGCAGCAGCAAGUGCAGUCACAAUACCAGCAGCAGCAGGCCCUACAGUCGCAGCUAUCAGGGAACCUGGCGGGGUUGCAGUCUCAGCUGUCAGGGAACCUGGCGGGGUUGCAGUCGCAGCUAUCAGGGAACCUGGGGGGGUUGCAGUCUCAGCUGUCAGGGGUAGGCCUGGAGGCCAUGACCCCCGGUCAAGAACCCAGGCCCAGCAGCUUUUCCAGCAGCAGCAGAUGAUGCAGCAGAUGCAGCAGCAGCAGCAGCAGCUAGAGUCGCAAGUCGCGGGUCAGGAGCAGGCACGUAUGCGUGCCCGUGCCCCUCCCACCUUGCAACAGCCGCAGCAGUCUGUGGGGCAGGGGCAGGGACAGGAAUACAGUAUAGUCUCACCGCGCGCCAUGCAAUCUUUUCAAGAUGGAGGGUAUGCCGGGCCUGCGGGCCUGCCGGAGAAUUUUUCGGGCAGACCGGACCCAAUGCAUAUG